ACCAGCCGCCAGCUUUGUGAGGGUCAGGUUAUUUGAAGAUCUGAAGAAGGAAAUUUCAAAAUCGACAGAUGAAGGCCUCAUGCCCGAAGCAUUGACUUCUGAUCCUCGGAUGCUGCCUGACCUACAGUGCUUUUCCAGCGUCACACUUUUGAACUCUUGUCUCCAGCAUCUGCAAUCCUCACUUUCACAUCAAUGUCUGACAGUGACACUGGGACAUCGGGACUGCAACGAAUUUUGUGAUUCUGUGAGAAGGAGCAAAGCGUUUGCUUCCUGUUCGAAUACAUUUUCAGAAUCCGUGGGACUGGAUGAGAGACCCUACGUUGCAGCGCAGUGAGUGUGGAGCCUGAAACAGUUAUACGGCCUAGAAAGAGGAAUUCACGGCAGGGUGGGGCUGUACCCACGUUUUGUGCAGCUGAAGCUUCGGCCAUGGAGAAACCCGAGGAGUCCCGCACUGUGAAGAAACCGUGGAACUGUGGCGACUGUGGGAAAGGCUUCUGUGCCCCGUCUGCUCUGGAGACUCAUCGGCGCAGUCACACCGGUGAGAGGCCCUUCAGCUGCCCCGAGUGCAGGAAGGGUUUACCCAGGCAUCCACCGUGCUGACCCACCAGCGGGUCCACAUGGGGGAGAGGCCUUUCAGCUACCAUGAGUGUGGGAAGGCCUUCAGCAAUUCCUUUGCCCUGCUGAGGCACCAGCGAAUCCACAAGGGGGAGAGGCCACUCUCCUGCUCCGAGUGCAGGAAGGCCUUCAGUGAUUCCUCCCACCGGCGGGUCCACACAGGGGAGAGGCCCUUCAUCUGCUCCGAGUGCAGGAAAGCCUUUACCCAGGCCUCUGCCCUGCUGAUCCACCAGCGGCUCCACACAUGGAAGCGGCCCUUCAGCUGCCCAGAGUGCGGUAAAGGCUUCAGCGAUUCCUCCACCCUUCAGACCCACCAGCGGGUCCACACGGGGGAGAGGCCCUUCAGCUGCUGUGAAUGCGGGAAGUGCUUUACCCAGGCCUCUGCCCGGCUAAGACACCAGCGGUCCCACACCGGGGAGAGGCCCUUCAGGUGCCCCGAGUGCGGGAAGGGCUUUGCUCGGGCCUCCAACCUCCAGACCCACCAGCGGAUCCACACGGGGGAGAGGCCAUUCCCCUGCACAGACUGCGGGAAGGCCUUCAGCAAUUCCUCCGACCUGGUGAGGCACCGGCGGGUCCACACCAGGGAGAGGCCCUUCAGCUGCCCUGAGUGUGGGAAGGCCUUCAGCAAUUGCUCUGACCUGGUGAGGCACCGGCGGGUCCACACGGGGGAGCAGCCCUUCAGGUGCUCCACAUGCAGGAAGGGCUUUACCCAGGCCUCCACCCUGUUGGCCCACCGGCAGCUCCACACUGGGGAGAGGCUGUUCAUCUGCACCGAAUGUGGGAAGGGCUUCAGCAAUUCCUUCGCCCUGCUGACCCACCAGCGGGUCCACACGGGAGAGAGGCCGUUCCCCUGCACAGAGUGCAGGAAGGCCUUCAACAGUUCCUCCGACAGGCUGAAGCACCAGCGGUUCCACACGGGGGAGAGGCCCUUCAGCUGCCCAGAGUGCAGGAAAGGCUUUACCCAGGCCUCUGACCUGCUGAGGCACCAGCGGGUCCACACGGGGGAGAGGCCGUUCACCUGCUAUCAGUGCGGGAAGAGCUUUAGCCGCUCCUCCCACCUGCGGAGGCACCAGAGAGUUCACAUGCCAUCGCAGGGGCAACUGAAAGGAAAUGGGGUGAAUCGGGGGUUGGGGGAACAGACUCUGCAAACCCAGAAACAGCUCUACGGCCUGGAAAGAGGAAUUCACGGUGAGGAGGGGCUCUACACGCAUUUGUGUACAGCUGGAGCUUCGGCCAUGGAGAAACCUGAGGAAUCCCACCCCGAGGAGGAAUCGUGGAAGUGUGGUGACUGCGGGAAAGGCUUCCGUGCUCCAUCUGCCCUGGAGAUUCAUCGGCGCAGUCACACCGGAGAGAGGCCAUUCAUCUGCCCCAAGUGUGGGAAGGCCUUCAGCAAUUCCUCUGCCCUUAUGAGGCACCGGUGGGUCCACACAGGGGAGAGGCCCUUCAGCUGCCCCGAUUGUGGGAAGGACUUCAGUUAUUCUUCUGACCUGCAGACCCACCGACGGGUCCACACGGGGGAGAGGCCGUUCUCCUGCACUGUGUGUGGGAAGGCCUUCAGCACCUCCUCCACCCUCCUGACCCACUGGCGGGUCCACACUGGGGAGAGGCCAUUCACUUGUUCCGAGUGCAGGAAGGGAUUCACUCAGGAGGGCAAGUUGCGGAUGCACCAGCGGGUCCACACUGGGGAGAAGCCUUUCAGCUGCCCCGAGUGUGGGAAGGCCUUCAACGAUUCCUCUUCCCUUCAGACCCACAAGUGGGUCCACACGCAGGAGAGGCCGUUCCCCUGCACAGAGUGCGGCAAGCUCUUCAGCAAUUCCUCCACCCUGCUGAAGCACCAGCGGGUCCACACAGGGGAGAGGCCCUUCAGCUGCCCCGAGUGUGGGAAGGGCUUUACCCAGAUGUCCGUCCUGCUGAUCCACCAGCGGAUCCACAUCGGUGAGAAGCCUUUCUGCUGCCCUGAGUGUGGGAAGGGAUUCACUCAGAAGGGCAACUUGCGCACGCACCAGCGGGUCCACACCGGGGAGAAGCCCUUCAGCUGUCCCGAGUGCGGAAAUGCCUUCAGCGAUUCCUCCACCCUACUGAAGCACCAACGGGUCCACACGGGGAAGAAGCCAUUCCCCUGCCCCGAGUGUGGGAAGGCCUUUAGCAAUUCCUCCGACCUGCUGAAGCACCAGCGUGUCCACACGGGGGAGAAGCCCUUCAGCUGUCACGAAUGUGGGAAGGCCUUCAGCGAUUCCUCCGCCCUGGUGAAGCACCAGCGGGUCCACACGGGGGAGAGGCCCUUCAGCUGCCCCGAGUGUGGGAAGGGCUUUACCCGGGCAGCCACCCUGCGGAGGCACCAAGGAGUUCAUGUGCCAUCACAGGGGUGCUUCAAACCAUUUCCUCAGCUUGGGGGAAUCAAAAUCACACCCCUCACGGUGGGGACAGACUGUGUACCAGUUCUGUUUGUAAUUUCAAACCCAGGUGACACAAGGAAUACUCUCCCCAUGGGGAAACCGUGGAAAUGUGGGGACUGUGGGAAAGGAUUCCCUUCCCCCUCAGUGCUGGAAAUUCACAGACGUGUUCACAGCGGGGAGAAGCCGUUCAUCUGCUCAGUGUGUGGGAAGGGAUUCACAAAUUCUUCCAACCUGCGGGCGCACCAGUGGGUCCACACGGGAGAGAAGCCCUUCACCUGCUUGGUGUGCAGGAAGGGGUUCACGCAUUCAUCUGCACUGCUGACCCACCAGCGGGUCCACACUGGGGAGAGGCCGUUCGGUUGCUCAGAGUGCGGGAAGGCUUUCCGUCGUGUGAGCAACUUGAGGAAGCACGAGCGGGUCCACAUGGGGGAAAGGCCAUUCACCUGCCCCGAGUGUGGGAAGGGAUUCAUUGAUUCUUCCAGCUUGCUGAACCACCAGCGGAUCCACACAGGGGAAAGGCCAUUCACCUGCUCUGUGUGCGGGAAAGGAUUCAAUCAUAUGAGCAAUUUGCGGCAGCAUAAGCGGGUCCACACUGGGGAGAGGCCAUUCACCUGCCCCGAGUGUGGGAAGGGAUUUACCAACUCUUCCCACCUGCUGACCCACCAGCGGAUCCACACUGGGGAGAGGCCAUUCACCUGCUCCAAGUGCAGGAAGGGCUUCACCUGCUCCUCUGACCUCCAGAGACAUCAACGAGUUCACGUGCCAUCACAGGGAAAUUGAAGGAGUGACAGAUAAGUACCAUUUUUGACUAGACUAUCAACCCCGUUCUGGGGUCUCCCAGGUUUGAAUCCCACCGUGGUAGAUGGCGCAAUUGAAAUCUGGAGUUCAGAAUCAAAUGAUGAAACCAUUUUCAGGGGAAGAAAAACCCCACCUUAUUCACUCAUGUCCUUUUUUAGAGAAUGAAGCUAUCUUUGCAGGAAAGGAAUCACUCAGUUAUUCCAGCUGCAUCCUUUACCUGGUCUGGCCUACCCCUGACUCCAGACCCACAGCAGUGUGGUUGACUCUUGAUUGCAUCCCCCUCCUGUAUAUGAGCUGGAGAAACUAACUUGUAUACAGGGUGUAGGCUGAAACUGCUGAGUGAGGCAAUACUUCCUCCAGAUGAAGGCUGUACCAAGGAUCCAGUUCCAAAGGGAUAAUUUGGUGCUGACCAAUAGUAAAGAAAGUGGGGGAUGGGGAGUGUGUGCACUUUGACCUUGAGCUUUUUAUUUAAAAAACGCUACU